UCCAAUGUUUUGUAAUGUUUUGUAAUUAUAUUUGAUGAUUGAUAAUUUUUUCCUAUAUUCUGCAAUCAUUUCCACAGGUCUGAUGAGCAUACCUAAGACCAGGUACCCAACUCUCACAAAUGAAAAUUCAGCGAGCAAAUGUUCUCGGCACACAUGGCAAUGCUUUCAGAGCUCGUGCGAAGACCGCCGGGAAAAGCGUUCGGAGUUGUGGGGCUGAUUUCGACCCCUCAGAGAGGACAUGCGGGUGGCUAGAGCCACGUUGGGCCAUGUGUCACAGACCUUUUGACCGAACCAGGACGCGGGUGGAUCGUCAGAGAAAUACACAUCACUCUCCGUCGAGCCCUCCAAGUGCUCCAGCAAGUGCACCAUCAAGCGCGCCAAGUACCGCCAGAUGCGGGAAGGCCUCUGCGACGACUGGCCGCACCUCAACCAAUGAGAAGGCUUUGAUGUUGCAGAAAGACUUGAAGAAACUAGAGGAAAAGCUUGCGACUGCGGAACGAGAGCGUGACUGGGCCAUGACUGCAUUGAGGCAGAGUGAGUCUGAAUUGCAGAAGCUCCUGACGCAGCGAAAUGCUGGGGAGGCGGAUGCACAUGAUGUCCGGCUGAAUCAUUACCGCGUACUCUUGGAGCUUCUCAAUCUGAGAUGCAGGCUCUUGGAACAGUGGAUCGAGGAAGAGGCGUCUUUGAUGGCAGCACAAGAAGAACGCCACGCUGAAGCGUUGAAGCGUAUGGAAAAGCAGGUCCAGGAGCUGGCCAACGAAGUGGUGGAACAGCAGGUGACCUUCCAGGAGCAGGUGGCCGCCAUGGCGCUGCAACAGGAAAAGCUCGAGCAGCAGCACUGCGAGGAUUACUCCCUGUGGUCCGAAGAACUCCUUCGUGGACGGGAAAAGGC